AAUCAUAAGAAAUGGGAGAAAAAAAUUCUAAAGAGUAAAACCCAAGCAUCAUCAGGGAGAUGGAAUGCUUGUACCUGACAAUGUUUGCUAACAUAGUAAGAAACCUUGAUGUAAACGUCAUAUAUUUGGUGCCAGACAUAACCAUAUUACCUACCUUCCCUCCUCAUCCCUCUCCACAAAUAAAUCCCACUCAUCUAAGAUCAAUCCAUGGAUGCAUUUGUAUGAGAGAGAGAAAGAAAGAGGGCGAGAGAAUGAAGGGCUUCUCCGCACGUUACCGUGUCAUCGUCCUCCUCCUCUUCCUCUUCCACAUCAUAGAUGAAGCUCGUGGACAAGCAGCAUCAGGCCCAGCCGCUGCGCCAGCUCCAGGUCCACCACCUCCACUCAAUGUUACAGCCGUGCUCGAAAAGGGUGGGCAGUUCAGAACUCUUAUUCGUCUACUCCAGUCGACACAAAUCGACAAAAGAAUCGAAGGGCAGCUAAACAGCUCAAAUGCCGGCAUGACUCUCUUUGCACCUUCAGAUAAUGCCUUCUCCAGCCUAUCUCCUGGCACACUCAAUACUCUCACUAACCAGCAGCAGGUCACACUCCUUGAAUAUCAUGUCAUCCCUACACUCAUCACACUCUCCCAGUUCCAGACAGUAAGCAACCCUAUAAGCACCCAGGCCGGAGACAGCAGCCCCGGGCAGUACCCGCUGAAUGUGACAACAGCCGGAAACCAGGUGAACAUCUCCACCGGCCUCAUUAACACUACGAUAUCUGGAACUGUGUACUCCGAUAGCCAGCUCGCAGUUUACCAGGUCGACAAGGUGCUCCUACCUCUCGGUAUAUUCAGGCCAUCGGUGCAGGCUCCGCCACCAAAAGCAGGGAAGAAUGCUUCGGAUACAAGCGAGGGGCCUUCAAAUGAUUCGAAUGAUUCCUCAGAUGCUUCUUCCACCAUUAGAAGACCUUGGAGAUUAGGGAUUCCAUUUGCUGUUGCUGUGAGUAUACUCUAUUGUAGCUUCUGAAUAC